CGUCGCUCGUGUGGGUGGGUGAAGAAGGAGCGGGCCCUCGCUGCCCUGUCUCACUGUCUCGCGCUCUCUCGGGCAACAUGGCGGGUGUGGAGGAGGCAGCGUCCUCCGGGAGCCACCUGAAUGGCGACCUGGAUCCAGACGACAGAGAAGAGGGAGCUGUCUCUACGGCUGAGGAGGCAGCCAAGAAAAAAAGACGGAAGAAGAAGAAGAGUAAAGGGGCUGCCACAGCAGGGCAACAGGAACCUGAUAAAGAAUCAGGAGCCUCAGUUGAUGAGGUAGCAAGACAAUUGGAAAGACAAGCAUUGGAAGAGAAAGAAAGAGAUGAUGAUGAUGAAGAUGGAGAUGGGGAUGGAGAUGGAGCAGCUGGAAAGAAGAAGAAAAAGAAGAAGAAGAAGAGAGGACCAAAAGUUCAAACAGACCCUCCCUCAGUUCCAAUAUGUGACCUGUAUCCUAACGGUGUAUUUCCCAAAGGACAAGAAUGCGAGUACCCACCCACACAAGAUGGGCGAACAGCUGCUUGGAGAACUACAAGUGAAGAAAAGAAAGCAUUAGAUCAAGCUAGUGAAGAGAUUUGGAAUGAUUUUCGAGAAGCUGCAGAAGCACAUCGACAAGUUAGAAAAUAUGUUAUGAGCUGGAUCAAGCCUGGGAUGACAAUGAUAGAAAUCUGUGAAAAGUUGGAAGACUGUUCACGAAAGCUAAUUAAAGAGAAUGGAUUAAAUGCAGGCCUGGCAUUUCCUACUGGGUGUUCUCUAAAUAACUGUGCUGCCCAUUAUACUCCAAAUGCUGGUGACACAACAGUAUUACAGUAUGAUGACAUCUGUAAGAUAGACUUUGGAACACAUAUAAGUGGUAGGAUUAUUGACUGUGCUUUUACUGUUACUUUUAAUCCCAAAUAUGAUACAUUAUUAAAAGCUGUAAAAGAUGCCACUAACACUGGAAUAAAGUGUGCUGGAAUUGAUGUCCGUCUGUGUGAUGUUGGUGAGGCCAUCCAAGAAGUUAUGGAAUCCUAUGAGGUUGAAAUAGAUGGGAAGACAUAUCAAGUGAAACCAAUCCGUAACCUAAACGGACAUUCAAUUGGGCCGUAUAGAAUACAUGCUGGGAAAACAGUGCCCAUCGUGAAAGGAGGAGAGGCUACAAGAAUGGAGGAAGGAGAAGUGUAUGCCAUUGAAACCUUUGGAAGCACAGGAAAAGGCGUUGUUCAUGAUGAUAUGGAAUGUUCACAUUAUAUGAAAAAUUUUGAUGUUGGACAUGUGCCAAUAAGGCUUCCAAGAACAAAACACUUGUUAAAUGUCAUCAAUGAAAACUUUGGCACCCUUGCCUUCUGCCGCAGAUGGCUGGAUCGCUUGGGAGAAAGUAAAUACUUGAUGGCUCUGAAGAAUCUGUGUGACUUGGGCAUUGUAGAUCCAUAUCCACCAUUAUGUGACAUUAAAGGAUCAUAUACAGCACAGUUUGAACAUACCAUACUGUUGCGUCCAACGUGUAAAGAAGUUGUCAGCAGAGGAGAUGACUAUUAAACUUAGUCCAAAGCCGCCUCAACAUCUUUUAUUUUCUAAGCUUUGUUGGAGUACAUUAUACCACAAUUAAUUUGCAACAUGUUUGUCUGUUUAACAGUGGACCCAUGUAAUGCUUUUAUCCAUGUUUAAAAAGGAAGGACUUUGAUCAAAUGCAAACCAUCUAAUGUAAUUAGCCAAGGAAAAAGCUUUCAGGACUUUCAAAUGUUAACUGUUUUUCCCAUCUAGGAAAUGCUAUAAAGCUCAAAUUAGUUAGGAAUGACUUACACAUUUUUUGUUUUAAACACCUAAGAGAUGCUUUUCAGAUAUUUAUAUUGCCAUAUUCUUAAUUGAAUGCUUUGAAUGACUACAUCCAAUUCUGCACCUAUACCCUCUGGUAUUGCUUUUUAACCUUCCUGGAAUCCAUUUUCUAAAAAAUAAAGACAUUUUCAGAUCUGA